UCCUGUCUGACACUGUACAGGAUCAUAUAGCACACUGAUGUUCUGCAUCCUGCUGUGUGUGUAGUGUGUUUCUGUUCUGUGUGUUCAGUGUGUGUUGAGUGUCUGUGGGCUGGCUGAGUGACGCACCGGUAGGAGUCGGACUCUGCGCUGUAAUAAAGAGGCAACGGGCAGCGGAGAGCGCAUAACAGUAGAGUAGGGAGAGAGAGGCGGCCUGACACCGCAACAACACCACCAUCACCACCAACAACAACAUCACCACCAACACCGCGACCACAAAGCAGCACCCCCACAACGCUUUCUCCACUCGGCUCCGAAAGUUUCUGUGCGUUCUCACCGGGAGACCCGUUGCUGCCGGGAACAUGCUGCCGCUCCUGCCGUCUCAUUAACUCAUCCACCGAGAAACGAGGCUACUAGCGGGGCCCCAACGGCUUGAACCACCGCCACGACCCCCGACUGGAGACGGAGCUUUAAAAAAACUUCCGUAACUGGUGAGUCUUGAUUUGUUCUUAUGUUUGAGGAGAUAAAUCAUUUCACCGGACACAGAGAGAGGAAACUUUGUCCUGUCUCAGUGUGUUAAUUUUAUCAAGCAAAAAGAGAUCUUAACAGAUCAAGAUGUUUUAUUUUUUUUACACACUUGUCCAAGUAUGUCAGCUUUUUAAAGCCCUAAAGAGUUUGGAAGAGUUUGAGGAGUUUGUGCAACAGGUGUAGCAUGUUCUUGAAGGUCUUUGCGUAACUGAGUGCGUUGAUGCUUAUUAAAAUGGAUAUAAAAUGAGUUGAAAUUAUAACAGCUCGAUCAAAUGUGAGAUGCGUUAGAGGUUAAUAAUAAUUCAUGAAAUAUUUAAUUUUUUUGGUGGAUAUUUGGAUCCAUAAAUUCAUUUAGAAAAGUUUCUCCUCGGCAGAUCUGCAGGAAUAAAGUUUGGGAAAGCAUUUUUCUCCCUUUUUGACGCUCGAAUAAGACUCAGUUUAUGAGUUUAUCAGCACGCUGUCGUUGUGUUAAUUAAAAAUGAUCAAAAAUCUACAAAAUCUAGACAAAAAAAUACAGAUUUAACUCUGUGUUUGGCUCGAUAAUCCUUAGACUUCCCCGGCCGUUGGCUCGCUUUGAUGACUCUCAUUGAACCAAAGUGUUAAAGGUUUAUAAAGAAACAGGCCGCACAAUGAGCGCGUGUUGACUGAAUAAACAUCCCCACAGAGGUGUGUGAAGAUCACCUCACCUUUAACAGCUUCAACACUCGGACCGUCUCAGUGUUGCACUAAUUAAUGAUCCUGCUCCGCGUAAUGAAGACCCGGAUCUGAUCAAGCCCUGAUCCAUUAGAAAAGAGGGUCUGUAAUGAAGGUCUGACGGGUCAGCACCUCAAGUCUGUGAGGAUUACGAGCAGGAGAGGCGCUGCCAGAGGACUCAGACACUCUGAGUCUUUGAACAGUUUUCAAGUCCAAACAGUCCCCAGAGAUUCAUUAUCAUAUUAAGAGGAAUUUACUGUAUUUUUUGGCACAACUCGAUCUUUUGUGCAAAUAAUGAGUUUUAAUAAAUUAGAAAAAUUAUGUAAUUGAACUUAAGAUGAUGAGUCAAGAGGAUUCACUUCAUAAUAAAGGUGACUCAAAUAGAAACAUUCAGUUAUUAUGACAUCUAAUGAAGAUGCUGACUUUGUUUUAUGGCUGAAAGUUUGACUAAAAAGAAAAAAGACUUAAGAACAGUUUAAGUGCAAGGUUAAGAAAAAAAAAUCCAACUGGACCUGGAAAAAUGUUUUGUUUUUUUUUAAUUCAAAUUUGAAAAACUGUCUGUCUCUUAAUUAUCUAAAUUAAUUCCACUUUACAUUUUAAAGUUGUAAAGAGACUUACUUUUAAAGUUUGAAUUUUUUUUUACACUGCUGAGGUGAAAUCAUUAACACGCUCCUCAACUUAGGGUCCAGCAUGUUUUUAAUUGAAGAAAUGUUUGAUUCAUCCCUCUGAAUAAGCUAAAUAAAUGAUGCAGAGUUUCAUGUUGAUGAUUCAAAAUUCCCAAAUCCCAAUUCCUCUUUCAUCACCUUCAAAAUCGACUGAAAGGUUUUAACUUUCUGAGAGUUUAUGCAGCAGAUGAAACCAGUGAAAAGGCGAGUUGAGUGAAAAGUGAAAGAUUCACUUCUGAACUUAAUGUCAAAAGUCAAACUUUUUGUUAUAUUUGACUAGAGACUGUUUUCAUUAUUUAUUUAUUUAUUUUUUCAGUGCUGCAGUUAACUCAACACUCCAACAGUUUCAAACAUUCCUUAACCUGAAGUUGAACCUUCUUACUCUUCUGUAGGGUUUAUCUGUUGCAGCAGCUUGAACAUUUCCACCUGUUUGCAGGAGGAAAAAGAAAAAAAAAGGUUUCAGGGAUAAACGUCUGCAGGGUGAAAUAUGACAGCAAACACAGGUCGCUGCUCCAGAUUUAAAAACUAAACAUCAUUAGAGUGAAGGAAAACAAGAGGAGGUUUUCUUGGGAGCAGGUCAGUGAUCUCUCUGACGGAACAGCUUCUCUUUCUGACAAGAAUUCAAAGGUAGCAGAAAUGAUUCCAUAUUGUGAUGUAAACCGAAAACCGUGCAGGCUCUGAGCAUGCAUUAGUUCAUACCUGCAGCCGGGGCAGAAUCUUAGUCCACCUGUGGAGUGUCACAGUGUCAAAUUAAAAUGUAUUAUGAGAACGGAUUUGAAUUAAAGAUUAUUUUUGCUGCAGGGUGAAGGAGUGCUCUGGAGCGCUUGAGCGUGCCCUACAGCUGCAGAAAACCUGGAUAUUGAAUGUUUCAGGCCUCAUGUUUGACCACACCACUGUGACCUGACCUCUUGUGCAAAACCUACGACAACCGAACAGGUAGUCUGAGACACCUGGUGCAUGGACAGGUUUUCAUUCAGUAGCAUUCAAGCUGAAAUGAUAAAGAAUUCAAACAUAGACUGUCCUUUUUGUUUCUAAUCUUUUAGCUCUUUUGAAGACUUCUCUUUUUACUGUGUCAUCUGAAAGUCCUGAUCACUUAGCGUGAGACACAGAUUUUCUUUGCAAAAGAGUUCAAACCAGAAGAUCAUGACUUUGGAGAGUUCAGCAGAGGGUCUUUUGGGGGUUUUGUUGCACAAAACAACUCCUGUAGAUUAUUUCUUUUUCUCCUUAAGUCUAAUUUUUGCCUUUUUCUUGUCAUCAUCUAAAUACUGGACUUUUUCUUGGACUCUGAUGGUCGUACUAGGCAAGAAACAUGAAACAAGAAAGAUUCCAGAGUUUGAUUUGAAGAGGUCAGAGGUCAAACGCCUGUGACCUGCUGCCUUCAACUGUAGAACAGAAGCACACCCUUUGUUUAGAAAUGGAGUUUUACUGCUGGGGUGCACGUUUUACAAAUUGUGCAUGCUCACUUAGGUUACAGUUGGAGUGGUGGUCCUGUCUAGUCACAAUCAUCUCCAUUACAAUGAAGGAUUUUCUGUCCUUUUUACUGCAGAUUGUCUUAAUUAGUUAUUUUAGAGCACAAAAAUGAGGGGAUUUUCCUGUAUUGGGUGACAAAGAGAGAAAAAUGCUCAAAACAAUUCGCUCAGUUUAUGUUUUAGCAACAAAAGCACAAAUUUCACCUCCUUGCUUUAAAAUAAUAAUAAUAAUAAUAAUUUUACAAACCCCACCAGACCUGAGCAGUGUCCUCAGCCCCCCCCCCCCCCCCCCCCACCCCAUAGUUCAGAGACAGUUUCUCCCUCGCUGAGCUCUGCAGCAGUAAGAAACUCAACACUAUCAAUACUCGUGUCUGUGGAGCACUCAGCCUGAUCACGUUUACACUGAGGUGAGAAGCUGCAGCGUCUCAGUCGUCACAUCGAGGUCUUCUGAGGCGCUGAAUCUCACAGCCCUGACCCAAACUCAGGGCCACAUGGCAGUGCGGCCGCAGAGGCCCCUGGUAUGCAGACAUCAAAGGGUUAAAGGUGAGCAGAGGCUCAGCAGCGCUGCACUUAUCUCCUCUAAUGACCUCCUAAGUAAAAGUCAAUUACUUCUGCGUUAUGAUCAGAGAGGAACAGACUGCAGGGGGCUGUUACAGCUCCGCUGCCCUUCAUUACAAACACUUCACCGGAGCUCAGUGGAGGAGCGGCCCGGCCUCAGGAUCAGGGUUAGGCUGUUUUAAACUUCAUCUGCCCCUUUACUCAAACCUCCACUGCUUGCAUCAAACUGGAAAUGUUCCUCUCUUAUCAGACUCCUUUUCAUUCAUCAGCACAACCUUAUAAACUUUCUGCAGAUUCAUGCCCUAAAGCAAUAAAAUGCUCCUCCUGGCUGACCUGAAAUCAGUUUAUUUGAUGAAAUAAUUGUUUGUUUGAGUGGCUCUGUUUCAGCUGAGCAGGUGGUGAUUUAAUGAAAACUUAUAACAGCAUCUCACACUCACAAAUUAAUUUAUAAUCCUGCACAUUUUUCUCAAACUUUGACUCGCACUGUUUUUUUUUUUUUUCAAUUGUGAUUAGUUUGGAGAUACCAGGUUUUCCUCCAGUAGAAAGAGUUCAUACACAGAACAUGUCCUCAUAAAACCGUGUAGCGCCCACUCAUGUUUUUCCACUGACUCACAGGCUGCAUUCCUCCUUUCUGUCACUAAUUCAUCGGCCUAUCACUAAAAAGAUUUGUUUACUGAGUAUUAAAUAUGAAUUUUGACCCUUCUUAUUCACUUAGAGAUUUUAUCAGUUUAUAGCAACAAAAGAUUUCAAUAAACCAAAGUCUUUAUUCACAUGAGAAUCUAUUUAAAGUCAGUUUUUAAAACCAAACAGCUGCAACAUGCUUUCAAACCAAAAUUCUCAAACUUUUAAAUUAAUUUAUGAAUGCUGAAGUUUUGCAUCCUGAACUUUUCCCACCUGACACCACUGUGAGUCCUCUAGAGGUUCAGUAUUCAGGUUUAUAAUGUAGCGCCUCACUCAGAAGUCCACAACUUUAUUCAUGCUUGUCCAAAUGACUUGUUUGAGUCCACAUCUAGACGUUGGGAAUUAGUUUAGAUGACUGAUUUUGUCACAAAUUUGGUAAAAAAAAAAAAAAAAGAAGAAAAAAAAGAAAAACAGAAGUAGAAAUUAUGUGUAUAGAUUAAUUACUCUUAUAUUAAGUGAGGGACACGAAAAUAAAUCCUAAGGCAGAGACUAAAACACAUUAUCAAGAAGAAAUAUCUCAAAUUCAAUGCCAUAGUUUACUCCAAGACAUUAUUCUCAUGCGCGUUUCUAAACUUUUAUCUCAUUUUGUUAAAAAUAAAUAAAACCCAGAUGUUAACAGUAAAAGUACCAAACUUUUUUAAGGAAAACCAAAUUUUUACAUUUAAAGAAAAGGCAAAACUUGAUGCUGUGCGAAGUUGGAGUACUCAUUCAUUGGCUGAGUGUACCCUCUCUUUUAUUUUACUGGCUUAUUAUCAUGAAAGGAUUUUUUUACAGUUCGGUAGUUUGGACACUGCAUCAGAUUUUGCAGCAUUAGGAGACAUCUUUAACUGAAACUAACACUCUCUGGAAGAGCAAGAGGGGUAGAAGAGGAGUUUAAUAGUCUAAUUAUUUGAUAUGUGUAUAAAUUUUAAAAUUGCAUGAGCAGAACAGAGGGAACGACUCCCAAGUUUCAUGAGUAUUGAUGGUUGAUGGUUUGAUGGCCAGUUAGGUCUUGCAGCUUUGAGGAGAGCGUCAAAACUGCAGUUUCUGCAAAAAUCAUCUCGUCAGUUCACGAUAAAAAUCCGCUCAGUCUCAGUGUCUCAUAGUCUUUCAUUUCAGGCGAUGCUCAUAGAAUAACAUCCUGAUCCUGCUGUCUGUGUCAGAAAUGAGCACUUUUGGGCUCACUUUGAUCAGGUAUGUUCACCCCGAGGGAUGACUUUGCAGCCAUUACCCCCUGUUUCCUGACUGCAGAACUGUCUACCGCUGCAGUUCAAAACGUUUUGUCAUUAUCAUUCAUUAACAGCCCAAAAUUUGUAAAAAUGGGGCCCAGGUGUUCCCCUUUAAGAUAAGUACGCAAACUGGAGUCCCGAAAAGUCAAGUGUGUUUUUCCUCUGAAUAUAAAUGCUGAAUCAGAGGGAAAAGCAACACCUGAGCAAGAACACGUCCUGCAGCAGCAAACAGGUUUACUGUGGGAGCUGACACAGCGAGGGCACGUGGCCUGUGGAAGAACACAGACUUGGAGCAGCGGUGGCUCCUGUCCAUCAGCGUCUGCCUCAGACAAAGAUACAUUAUUGUCUAUUGUUAUUCCUGCUUAUCAAACCUGAUUUAACAGCUCACAGGUAUUUCUCCAGCUCAAUGCUGUCAUUCUCUCUCUCUGUCUCUGCCCUCAACAGCCCCAGGCGUGUUUCUGGGAACAGGAAACACCCCCACACAAACAUGCUAAAAGACACACAUACACUCACACACGGAUGUGUAUGGCAGAAAAAAAAAGAAGUAUGUGUGUGUUAAAGCUGCAAAUUGUUUUGUGUUCACUUUCGCUGACACACACACACACACACACACACACACACACACGCACGCACCCACACACACACACACACACACACACACACACACACACACACACACACACACUGUGUCGGGGUCUUUAUACACUUGUGAGGACAAACAGUGCUUGUCUGACUCCUGUCCUGCCUGGAGAACAAACUCCGGACAUUUUCCUGACUUUACACCAGGCAGCAACCUCCUUCAAAAGUCAAGUCAGUGCAGUCAUGUCACAAACUGCACUUCCUUGAGUGCCCACUAGAGGCUGGCUGCAAAAGCCCUAGAAACCACAUACACAAUUAAAAAGCAAAACUUCAGAGGGGAAAUACACAUGUUUACAGGCUGGUUUAAAAUAACAGAGUUGGUUUCUUUCUACACACGCACACACACACACACUGCUUGAUUUUCAUUUUUUCUUUUUCGUGAUGCAACAGUUUGAAGAUAAUCAGGUCAAGAGUUUUGUAUGAUUCAAAGCACAGCUGAUUUGAGUGACAGGUGGGCACACUGUGGUCGUUACCAUGGAAACUUUAGGCUUCUUAUCCACCUCUUUGCCUCAUAACAUGUUGACUGAAUGUUUGGUUGUGUUAGUGAGUGUCAUUGUUUGGCUUCAAAUCUCAGUUUCAGAAACAAAUGGCUGAUGUAGCCAAGACUGUGUGAAUGUUUCAUACAGUUUAUGGCUUAUGAAACUCUCGCCCAAACUCUUAUCCUGCCAUUACUUGCAAAAAUCCAAAUACCAAAAUGGAUUCAUUGAUCUUUUCAUUUACAUGUCCAAUCAUAUGGUUUCUUGUUUUGGAAGAAAAAAAACAUACAAAAUAUGGAUAACUUCUGAAAAUCUCCACCUUUCAACAUGGUCAAAAAAACAGUUUCACCUUCUACACCUGCCCUCAAUCAUCUUGGCUUUAUGCCCAUCUCAAGCCAAAGCUCAACUCAGUGCUGAGUGACCAAAUUAAUAAAGAUAUAAAUAAAAAACUUAAUUAAAAGAGCUCCCUUAAAAACCAAUGGACCAAGAGCAGCAAAAUAAAACGUGGUUGUAAAAACACACAAGAAAUAUAUCAAGAAACUAAAACAGGAGAGACAUAAAAUCCAUUUUACCAGAACUCAAGUAAAUAAAAGUUUUUUUUAAACAAUUAAAAACGAUGAAAACUGAAGUUCAAAUCAAAUCAGGAAAGGCUUAAAGUUUAGAGUUUAGUUGAAGAAGAGUUUUAAACGAUUGAUUUCAUAAAAUCAACAACAGAAAACUGACUUAAAGGACAAAUAAAAAUGUCUUCAACAGAUAUUUGGCUCCAACUCCAAGAUUAGUAGCGAUAAAUGACAAUUUAUUGAAUGUUUGUGCUUGUAAUGAUAAAUACCUGAACUGCAAGUGCUUCAUUCAUACAAAGACACUGGAACUAAUGUAUUAAAAACAUUUUCGAAAAAACACACCCUCUUUUAUUUCAUGUGUUUUACCCUUAAGUGUUUUGAUGAUCACAUUAUUUCCUUUAUAAAGUCAAGAUGUAGUCAUCAAAAAGCAUAUGCACAUGUUGGAAAGGUUCUGCAUUUUUAAAUGUUUAAAAACUUGCUGGUCUGCAUCCAUACAGACUUUAGUGUUUGCAGAUCAAACAGCCACAGCCUUUUACAGUCACAGACCUAAUCAUCUGAUAAUGAACACCCCCCCCCCCCCAUUGACCCCCCUCCCCCUGGGUUUAUCAGCAGCUGGACUGGAUGUGUAGUGGCCCCUGAUAAAAGUGUGUCUGUGUGCAGUUGUGUUGCAUUGAUAAGGUCCUAAUGUUUUUGUAAAGUGGGGGGUGUGAAGUAGAUUCUGUAGUAAAAUGCAUAUCAAAGAGGGGCUCUUUUUUCACAUAGGUGUUAUUUAGAGCUGAGAGUGAUUUUAGGGGUGGGGGACCUGGUCUUACAUCAGGAUAAAUCUGUAAAUGUUGGUUCACAAUGUGGUUCUCAGUUUGUUCUUUAACAUUCUGACAUCUCCUGGUUAUAAACAAAAAUGCAAAACAAUGGGCUCUAGUGCAGUACAAUAUUAUGCAUCUGCAGAGCCAGAGGCUGCAGUUUCAGGGCUGAAGCUCAAGGACCACACAUCUGGUACCUUUGCAAGCAUUGGGGUUAGCUUUACCAACUCUUUCUUUGUCAUUCAUCUGGAGUCCAUUCAGAAGUACCACUGCAAACAACAAGGGUCUCAGGAUUGCAGCCUCAGGAUUACAGCCUCUGGGUCUGCAGAAACAUGCUAUUUGCAUAAUAGUGUAAAGGUCGAUGGUUUUAUUCCACCUCAGUUACACUGUCAAAGGUAGUAACAGAGACAGAAUGGGUGCAGCAGGGUGGUGGAUGUUGGCAAUGUGAUGUCUCAGAGUGGGUGGGGUGGAACAGCUGUGUGUGUGUGUGUGUGUGUGUGUGUGUGUGUGUGUGUGUGUGUGUGUGUGUGUGUGUGUGUGGCUCUAUUGGUCACACUCUGGGAUAUCAGGGUUGCAUCAUUGCUGGCUUUCAGUAAGUAAGGCAUGAUGUAUUUUGAACCUUUUGCAGCGUUUGUAAUGUGCGAGCGACUUUUGGCUCUGGGAUGAAACAACAGUAAAAUUGGACUGAAAAGUGGACUGUUGGUGAUGAACUCAUUCACACUGAGGGAAGAUGAGAAGCUGACCAGCUUUCCUCUACAGUGGAUUUAAAGUCAUCUGUGUUAUCUGACUUUUAAAGCUGCGUAUUUUCAUCUGUUCAUGUUCUCUGUCUCCACCAGGACGCCUGUUGGGUUUCUUUGAGCAGCCAUGGGCAGUAAGACCCUGCCAGCACCGGUCCCCCUCCACCCGUCCCUCCAGCUGGCCAACUACUCCAUCCUGCAGAGUUCCACAGGCCUCCAGCUGCCAGCAGAUAACUUUCACAGCAUCUACAGCUUCAGUGCUCUGCAUGCCAUCCACCUCCACCAGUGGACCCUCGGCUACCCUCCGCUCGCCCUCCCCCGCUGCACCAUCUCAAAGCUGCCUGCCCAGUUCUCCUCCAUGGCCUCCAUUCCCUUGUUCCCCCACCUCCUGCAGCCUCGGCAGGACUCAGCAGGGCUGCUGCAUAGCUCCAAAAAUAAGCCCCGCUUUGACUUUGCCAACCUGGCAACAGCAGCCACCCAGGAGGAUCCCCUGAAGGCGGAGGACCUGAGUAUGACUGGGGCUGCUGCAGCCGCUGCUGCAGCUCAGGCUUCAUCUCACCACCCGACUUCAGCUGGCCUGGGAUGCCUCCUGGAUGUCACCAAACUGUCCUCACCAGAGCGCAAAUCCAGCCGGGGACGCCUGCCCUCCAAGACAAAGAAAGAGUUCGUCUGCAAGUUCUGCGGCCGCCAUUUUACCAAAUCCUACAACCUGCUGAUCCACGAGAGGACGCACACAGAUGAGAGGCCAUACACCUGUGAUAUCUGCCACAAAGCCUUCAGACGACAGGACCACCUCCGAGACCACAGGUGAGAAUCAGACCUCUGUUUAGAUCAAGGGUUACUUCAUAAAACUGGAAAACAAACUGGUGAGUUGUGGAUACAAGCAAGAUCUGACCAUCUUUAACUUCAAUUACUUCUGCAAAUUAUAAUACAGAGGCAACAAAAACUGCUGUUCAAGAGAUGUGGCUAAAACUAUUCCCUUCAGUAUCAUACAUGUGCAAUGCAAUGUGUUCCAGACUGGCUGCACGUGUGCCGGUGUAAAGUUGUCUGCCAGUUGACCUAUUAUAUCAUUUACCAAAACAAUCGACAAACACCUCAGUGAGAGGUCGUACGCUUAAAAACACCAGAAAUUUUACAGCUCUUUACAUGAAAGACGCUUAAAUCACCCUGACUGACCCCCAGCAGCGUUACUAAAGAUCUGGUUUUUGCAGGUCAUAAGCAUCUCUAAAUACAUUAGCAUCAUCUCUUCGUUUGAUGAAUUAAGACAGUUUAUAUGGUUGUUUAAAAUUACACUUUUAUUUUGAAAAUCUACAGCCCAUGUGGACUCAUCAAAAACGGACUAAAACUGUUGCUAUAACUCCUCCUGUGUGGACAUGAUUUGAGGUUCAAUAGAAAGACGUUUCACAGUCGGCAGAGUAGAAACCAUCCACCAAAUUUAACGUAAAUCAACAUAAUGAUCUUUAUUACCAGCUCAAUGAGCCUGUCAAAGACUGUUAUGAUUGAUUUCUGCUGGAUAUAUAAGCUCUUUGUCUCUGCUGUUGUUUACAUCAGUAUCAACAGUAACCUGACGUGCAGAAACAGGUUAAUGAACUUUGAUUUAUCUGAAUACAGCCCACAGCGUAGGUGUGGUACCUGCUAUAAUUUAGACCAGUAACAAUAAUUUAAUUUGCUGUGUCCAAAUGACAGGAAGUGUGUUUACUUUGGAGGAUUUCAUUAUCUAGAAAUUCAAUUAAAUGAUUAUAGUCGUCAGUGUACUUCAGGGUGUGACAGAGGUGUCUCUGUGGUGGUUUUUUCCAUAAAUGUUAAAACAAGAGGACCCAAGAUGUUAAACUGUGCUGUGAAGAUUGCUCAGUUUGAUCUCUGUGUCCAUGAAAGAAACUGUGAAAACAAAUAAAAAUAAGCCAAUAAAAUGUUAUGAUAUUGAUGUCUGAUAAGUUUUUAUUUAGUUAUUAAGCACAACUGUAGAAUAAGUUUAAUGUUACUGUAAAUGCUGUAAUGCUCCUUAAGGGGACCACUGAUGACUUCAAAAUAAAAGCACUGAGUAAAAACAAGGGGAGGACCUCCACAGAAGCAUUCCAGAAGUACAUCCAUAGACUAUAUCUCACACUUGUGACGUAAGUGCAGCUAAUACAAAGCUAUUGCAUACCUCGGAUUUUCAUAUUUUCUAAUAUUUUUCCUGAAAACUGAGCUGUUGUGAGGUAGUCAUGCAGCCAACAUACCUCCUGUGUAAAGCACUGGCAAAGGUAGCAGUCUGCUGCAGAUCUGGAUUUACUGUACCAAACUGUAUGAAGAUCAGAUGAAUUAAACUGGACCACUUAGUGGAAACAGACCACAACCUACCAUCAGCUACUUUAGGAAAGACACUAAGUCUGUGUGAAAUACUGACUUAUAACAGACUUAUAGCUAAAAAUAAGAAGAUAUUUUCUUCUUUAGUGAAGGUCUAAGAAGGUUACCAUUAUAAAGGGUGCAGUGAACUAUGCAGCUUCUGUAAGUUCAUCAAAACACCAGCUACACUGGACCAUGUGUCUAUUUCUGUGUGUGUGCAUUUGUGUGUGUAAGCUCUCUGCUGUGUUUACUUCUCGUGGAUAUACACACCAACACUAAUACACUUUCGAUCAUUACAAAAGUACUCCAGUGUGAUUGCAGCACAGCCACUAACUGCUGCUGACUGCCAGCAUUGAAUGGACCUGUUCUUCACAGUCACAGUAUGCUGUUUAGAGGUGGCAGGACUUCCAUACUGUGUCUGCAUUGUCUUUGCUGUUCGACUCUUUUAUGUUUUUUUUUUAUUUGGUUUUUUUGAGAAAUGUGCUAGAAAUGCACAAAGACGUGCAAAAAAAUAUAACAGCUGAAAUGCAUUGCAAAUAAAAAGACAAACUCUGCAAAAAGCCUCAGUCAUCUAUGGAUCUCAGUUAGCACUGAAGAAUUUGUCUUUUGCCCUGGUUUCCUGCUUUUUUGUAUACUUGCAGAGCGAUUGCUGUUAAUCUGUUAAUGCAUUUGUUUCAGCUUCUUGCAGCAUGUUUGUUUCAUCAUUUCUUUUGCAAGUGUUUAUGAAUCAGCAGCAUGUUUCUCCGCUUGGGAUCAUUUAUUGGAAAUCGGGAUAAACAGAUCAAGAACAGAUCAGCUGGACUUCUUCCUGCAUACUGAUAUGAUUACAGUUAGUCCCGCAGAGUUUGUGAUUAGAGCAGCAUCCUUAGCGACCAUGUGUCUUUGAUAGCCAGGAUGUGCUAUCUGGAAAAACAGGCUGCUGCCAAGUGUGACUGUCCAAUCAGAAUGGGGCUUUUUGCACAACUGUGUAUGAACUUCAAAUAUCAAACAGAUCCAGGCAGAGGUAAACCAACAACUUGGAUAUUUUUUAAGGUAGGAUGACGUUUUUGUCAACAGAUUGGUGGCUCAGAGUGAAAAAUAGCAUUGAAGCAGCUGUUCCUGCUUUCCCUCUGAACACAUCCUCUCUGUGAUGUUGUCAGACACUCAGAUUAACAAUCUCCUCCUGUCAGCAAAAACAUCAGUGGACGUACUUUGAUUGGGUCCAUCUGCCCUGAAGGAUAAUAUUGCUGCCAUUACAGCCUGUUUCACAGAUGCUGGCUCAAUCGUCCACUGGAACCAGUCCAGAGCUUUUUCGUACCCAUCCUUCAUUUCGCUAAUAAAUGGAUCCCAGCUUUAUCCGGUUAGUUCUAAGAUCUUUGGGAUUAACGUUGUUGUGUUUGCUCUUAAAGUAAAACAAACAUCAGCAGAAAUUAGAGAAGAGUCAUGUGGUCCGUUUCUGAAAAAUGUGCAUGGAUGUUUCAUUUGUUGGAAGGUCAUAAAACGAGUCGAGGAUUAUGCUCAGUCUUGAUUCUUCCUGAAUACUCACCAGCUGCUUUGUUGUGUUUCCCCUGCAGGUACAUCCACUCCAAAGAAAAGCCCUUCAAAUGUCAGGAGUGUGGGAAGGGCUUCUGUCAGUCCAGGACUCUGGCGGUCCACAAAACAUUACACAUGCAGGUCAAGGAACUGAAGCCGGCCAAGAUCAAGUGAUUGAGUCAGCCAGCAGGGAGGGGACAGGGACACUGGAAAAACACCAGCAAAGACAACAAAAGACCAACCAAAGACUUUUCAUCUCAGAGCCCUUCGCAGCGAUGGGAAUACUUCUCAAGGAGGAAAUCUUUCACCAGCCAGAUCUCCCAGAAAAAACACAGUAAUAAGCCUUUGUGGAAAGUCGUACUCGCAGUUAUCAAAGCCUGAUUUGGCAGAGGACCCAAUGGACAUGAGGAAUGUGAAAUGGACCUAAAAAACUCUGAGUGGCUGCUCGGUGAAAAUACUAAACUCUGAAGCUUCUAAUCCAAAGACUUUUUAUAAGGGACUUGACUCUUAUGCAACUUUUUUAAUAUGAAAGAUGAGAACGAUCAAAGCCAUGUUAACGUAGGCACGUUUCAAUAUCACAUUCCAGCGUUAUUUUUGUACAGAAACAUUUAUCAGAACUGUAUUUUUUGCACUUUAACCUGAUUAUUGAUUAUUUACAUGUAUCACUGGAUUUCUUAAACAUAUUUUCAGAAUGAAUAAUCAUUUCUAAAUAAAAUAUUUGACUGUUA